AUGUCAUUUGGUGCUUUUAGUGAAUCUGUGGGUAAAAAAUUUCAGGAGUUAACGACAAAGACUCAAGAAUUGACUUCAACUAUUCCAACCGUUGCUCAAAGCACACAUCGUAUGGUUAAGGAGAAAUUGGGUCAAGUCGAUGAUAUUUCUCCAUUGCCACAAGAAUAUUUGGAUUUAGAACUAAAGAUUGAUACUUAUAAGAGUGUCUAUGAACAUUUUUUGAAGAUCACUUCUAUUUAUGAAAGGGAAUCUUAUGAUUACCCAAAAGAGUUUUCGGAAUCUGUAAAUGAAUUUACUGAUAGUAUUGGUAAUAAAAUGUAUGAAUUUUCAAAUGGAGUCAGUACUGAAGGUUCAUCGGGUAAAACCCCAAGGACUUUAAAUUAUGCUGUAAGUAAAGUUUCCAUGGGUGCAAGUGAACAAUUCCAGAAAUUGCACGAUACCGAUGAUAAGAGAAUUGCUAAUCUUUUAACUAACGUCGGUAAUGCUGAGGCUUCUAUUGCUGAAGCCAGAUUGCUACAGGACCAUAGUAUUCAAGCCAAAUUUAACUUUCAAUUGAGGGAAGAAAUUGCCCAAAGUAUCGAAAGAGCCUCAAAAUACCGUAAGGAGGUCUAUCAUAAAAGAUUAAAGUAUGAUAUUGCAAGAGAAAAAUAUUCAAAACACGAAAAGAACGGUACAGUGAAAGUUGAAUUGGAAAUUUUAGAAGAUGAAUUUAAUCAUGCUACUAAGGAUGCUAUAAUGGUAAUGCAAGAAAUUAUUAGUAACAACAGAUUUGAACAAAACUUAAAGGAUUUUGCAGCUGCCAAGUUAGCUUACCAUGAGAAAUCAGUUGAUGCUUUAAGAAACUUAUUGGAUAACGCGGAAUUGGCAUCAGAGAAGCCAGUCCCUGAAACACCAGCUACUAAAACUGAACAAUCAAAAGAUACACCGGUAUCAACUAACAAUAAAGUUGAAUUAGAAGUAAAUGAUGAUGAGGAAGAGGAAGACAAUAAGGAAAUUAAAGAAGAAAAACCUAAAGGAAGGAGACCACCUAAAGGGGAAGUUGAUUUGAAAUAA